AUGUGGCACCUGGACUUUGGCAGUUUGCAGGAGGAGAGGAGGUACUCGUGGGCCGGGCCCCUAGAGCAGCCUGCAGGAAGGUGGAAGCCGUCAGAGCAGGUGGGAUUUCUUCAUUUUGGGAAUUUUAGGCGGUUUUCAUUUGGUGUCCUUCAUUAUAACUUGAGGUCUAACUUACUGGAGUUGAUGUCUGUUGGCACCAAUGAUGUGAUUUCAGUUCAGAGACUGGGUAUUGUGCCUUUGCAGCUGGGGAAGGGCUGCCUAGUGAAAAUAUCUGGGGACAAGGUGAAAGUGGCUUUCUUGUUCCACGUACUUGUGUCCAAAUGGCCAAACUACGAGGAUCUGUAUCAGGGCUAUCACUCUCCAGUACUGAGGGAAGACUGUGCUUAUGGAAGUUAUUACUAUCACGGACACCCACAGUGGCUUCAGGAAGAAAGAGGGCCAAGGCAGGGGAGUCCUUAUAUCUGGCAUGAAGAUUAUCGACAUCAAAAGUACCUCAACGAACAUCAUCAUGGAAACCAGAAUAGUCCAUUUGGAACAAACAGUGAGACCCAGUUCCAGUCUAACAGUCAGAACCCUUAUAAAGACAGUCCUGCUUCCAACUCUGGACAGGAAAGGCCCAGGGAGCUGUUUCCAGAGAGUCUGCUAAUGCGGGCCCAGAAGAACAAGCUGUCUUUGGCCAGUGAAUCCAGCCUUCUCCAGCAGCAUGAGUCUGGUCUCAGCUCCAGCAGCUAUGAGCUCAGUCAGUACAUGGCAGAUGCCCCUGAGUGUUAUGAUCCCAUGGCAUCAGCAGCGUGGAGUCCGGGUCAGGCUGAGGAUGUCUCCGCAGCUGGUCCCAAAGCACCCAUGAAGUUCUACGUCCCUCACGUGUCUGUGAGUUUUGGGCCAGGCGGUCAGCUGGUGUGUGUAUGUCCCAGCUCUCCCAUCGAGGGGCAAAUAGCCCUAAUUGAACUGCACAGCAUGGAGGUUAUUCUUAAUAAUUCUGAGGAACAAGAGGAGAUGAGAAGCUUCUCAGGACCGCUGAUUAGGGAAGAUGUGCACAAGGUGGAUAUCAUGAUGUUUUGCCAGCAGAAAGCAGCUCAGAGCCACAAAUCUGAGACACUGAGAAGCAGAGACGCAGCUCUUUUGUGGCAACUGUUGGUUCUCCUCUGUCGCCAGAAUGGGUCCAUGGUGGGGUCUGACAUAGCUGAGCUGCUGAUGCAAGAUUGCAAGAAGCUAGAGAAGUACAAGAGGCAGACCCCAGUGGCUAACCUCAUCAACCUGACCGACGAGGACUGGCCAGUGCUGAGCUCUGGGACCCGGAACUUGCUCACCGGGGAGAUCCCACCCAGUGUGCAGACGCCUGCACAGAUUAUGGAGAAAUUCACUAAACUGCUCUACUAUGGAAGGAAGAAGCUGGCGCUCAACGACCCACUGCAGACCCUCUUCCAGCUCAUGUCAGGGAGGAUUCCACAGGCAGCCACGUGUUGUGGGGACAAGCAGUGGGGAGACUGGAGGCCUCACUUGGCUGUGAUUCUGUCGAAUUCAGCUGGAGACCUGGAGUUGUACCAGCAUGCGAUUGUCACCAUGGGGGAUACCCUGGCUGGGAGGGGCCUUGUGGAAGCAGCUCACUUCUGCUAUCUCAUGGCUCAUGUGCCCUUCGGCCACUACACCGUGAAGACAGACCAUCUGACCUUGCUGGGCAGUAGCCACAGUCAAGAGUUUUUGAAAUUUGCAACAACCGAGGCUAUCCAGAGAACGGAAAUCUUCGAGUACUGUCAGAUGCUGGGCCGCCCCAAAUCCUUCAUCCCUUCUUUCCAGGUGUAUAAGCUCCUUUAUGCUUCCCGUCUGGCAGAUUAUGGCCUGGUGUCCCAGGCUUUGCACUACUGCGAAGCCAUUGCUGCUGCUGUCUUGAGCCAGGGAGAGAGCAGUCACCCUGUGCUAUUAGCAGAACUCAUCAAGCUAGCAGAGAAAUUGAAGCUGUCAGAUCCCCUGAUUUUAGAAAGACGCCGUGGAAACAAGGACCUGGAGCCAGAUUGGCUAGUGAAACUUCGGAGGCAGAAGGAGGAGCUGGAGCAAAAGGUAGAAGGAGACAGUGAGGAUCCUCAUUCUGCUCGCUCAGAUAUUUCGGGAGCCAGAGGAAGAAUAGCAGAAGACACUUCCUACCAGGAUCUUGUGGGACAUCAAGGCUGCUCAGAAGCCCCUGGAUACGGCCCAGCCCUGUGGCCAACAACUGAGCAGACAGGCCCAACCCAGCCCAGCCCGCAGCAGCCCUUUCUCCUCCAGCUGGGCCCCUACCCAGCAGGAGGGGGUGCAGGGCAGACGGGGGCACCAGUGCCUCUUUACUCAGUUCCAGAGACCCACCUCUUAGGGACUGGAGGCAGCAUAGCAGUGACAGGGGCUCCUGGAGGAAAGGUCUGGGAGGAAACACUGCAGACAACCCCAGUCCCUGGAGAGAACACCAUGUCUCAAGAAACCUUCCAGCAUCCCGAUGGUCAAAAGGUCAUUUCCAAGCCACAGAGGAGUGGCACGAAGAACACGGUGUUUUGGGGAGAGCCCCACAGCAGCAGGGUGCAGGUGGAGGCCAGUGUUGUGGGCGCAGGAAUACAAGCAGGCUGGCAUGAAUGUGUUAACAACCAGCGUCACCAGUGCUGCCUUCCUCUCUCCACAAAGCAGGAGACCCUGAGAGCAUCUUCCCCCUCCCAGGCCAGCCCAGGCCUCUCACCAGCACGUCCCUGCGAGUCCCCACCUCUGCCAGGUGCUAGCACCUUCUUCAGGGGCACAGGUGGGGGUGAAGUCCAAGGGUCUGUGUCCAGUGGGGGAACGGCCGAGGACGCUGGGAUGGGAGGCGUGUCAGAUCCUGAGGGUAUUUCCUCUGAGCUCUGCUCCAGCCCCGGUGUCCUGCUUUCUCCUCCUCCCCUGGAAGGGGCUGUUCCUCUUUACAACCCAUCUCAGUUCCCUCAGCUGUCCACAGCUGCUAGCCUGAAUCGGCCAAAUCGCCUCACUCAGCGCCGCUAUCCCACUCAGCCAUGCUGA